CCUCCAUAUUGCUAUGCUGCCCAUGGGCUUGUAAUCAUUUAGGAGCAGGAUUGCCACCCACAGGCCAGGCAAGGUCUCUGCUUCUGGUCCAACAGGCAGCUCUGUUGGGUCCUUGGUUGCCUUGCUGCUGAUGGUCAUGGCUUUGUACUUUCAGCACCGUAUUGCCCCUGGGAACUGCUGGGCUUUCCAAGGAUCUCAAGGCCACGUGGUCAUCCGGUUGCCCGUAGAGGUCUGGCCAACGGCUUUCAGCGUCUGGCAUAUCUCUGAGGCAGUGUCGACUUCUGGGGAAGUCAGCGAUGCCCCAAAAGAUUUUGCCGUCUUUGGAGUGGAUGAGGCUGGGGCAGAAACUCUCCUGGGGACGUUCACCUAUGACGUGAACAAGAUGAUUGCUCAGACGUUCCAUGUGCAGAGGCAGCUUCCCAAGACCUUCCGGUACAUCAAAUUCCAGGUGGAGAGCAACUGGGGAAAUCCAGAGUACACCUGUGUGUACCGAGUACAGGUGCACGGGAAGAGAGCCGGACAGGAUGGUGACCGGCAGGUGGAGAGAGACCGGGGAAACCCAGAGUACACCUGUGUGUACCGAGUACAAGUGUAUAGGAAGAGGGAUGAGAGUGGGCUUUCUGAAGCGGAGCUGGAGUCACUGAGGAAAGCCCAGGGCUGGCUGGAGCAGAUGCGGCAACUCAAGGAGACCGAGGAUCAGGUGUCUGCUGCCAAGAGGAACAUCCUGCAGGCAGUGACUUUGGCCCUGGAAGAACACGGUGUCCAAGAGGAGAAGAGAGAGGAAAUUCUGCACUUUACCCAGACGGCAAUGGAAAAGGUGCUUGAGAACUAUCACCUGACUGGGUAA